AUGUGCCAUGUUCUCGCAUGGUACGCCUCUCGGAUCAGUAAGUACGGCCAGAAUCGGGAGCUUGUGCACAACAUAGUUGAGGAGCUAGUUGGCAACGAUAGGGCAUUUCACCUAAGGCUGAUCAAGAGCUCAAAAUGGUCACCUUUUCUUAUCAAAGAAGCUUUAAAUAUGGUGACCUCAUGGACCGAUAUUGAUUUAAUUUUAGCAGCUCAGUUCUGCAUUGCCGACUAUGUACGAGAAGAGGUUGCGCUCAACCCUUCAAUAUUGAACCAAGGGAGUAACGAGCCAUCGAUCCUGGAGAGUGCAAUAUUUGGAUAUACUUAUCUGUUCCCCUUGCAAAAAAACAGUAUUGAGGCACCGAACCAGCGGGAUACUACUAACUCGCAACAAAGAGUGGAACUCAUCGCUUUUCUUCUCGAUAGUGGUGCCGACCCCAAGCAGCUUGGUAUUGCAGGCUCACGUAUUAUUGACCGUGUCAAGGAGCACACAUUCGAUAUGGCACCCUUGAAUGAUGGACAGUCGUAUUGGGAUGCUGUCCAGGCGCUCUUGGAGGAUACGAAGUAUUCUUCUUGGAGAUGCAAGGUAUCGCAGCUGAUUCAGCCUCAGCUAACCCCACUCAAGAAGACGUUGAGACGCAGGUUUUCGAGGAUCAAAAAGUGGUUCAGGGCUCAUGACUGAUACGAGACGGUCGUAUAGCUAUUAUCAUCAUUAUUAUUUAAAGCGGAAAAUAUAUUUAGAGGUGAUGUUGUAGGUAUAUUAACUCAACCCAAAUUAUGCUGCCCAGUAUUUACACAAGCCUAUACACUCAGCAGUAGU